AUGUCCUAUGUAAGUACUAUUCACCAUCGGAGUCCGUCUCAAUUAAGUUAUCCUAACUUACCUGGGGGAUAUGGUGGUUACGGUACAGCAGAUCCAGAAAUUCAACAAUGGUUCAACGCAGUGGAUGUCGAUAGAUCUGGUAAAAUAACCGCGAAAGAACUUCAAAGCGCACUUGUUAACGGACAAGGGAAAAAUUUUAAUUUGCCAGUUUGCGAAUUAUUAAUAAGUAUGUUCAGUAAAGAUCAAUCUGGUACAGUAAAUGUCGAUGAAUUUCAGCAUCUUUAUAAAUUUGUUAAUCAGUGGUUGCAAACAUUCAAAUCGUUCGAUAAAGAUCAAAGCGGAGUUAUUGAAGAAGAAGAAGUGUCACAAGCUUUUCAACAAAUGGGUUACAGGUUUUCAAAUGAGUUUAUUAAAUUUUUGAUAGGAAGAGCUGAUAAAGUAGCUAAAAAGAGGAUAUCAGUUGAUCAGUUUAUUUUAGUUUGCAUACAAAUUCAAAGAUUUACCGAUGCAUUCCGUGUAAGAGAUACAGAAAUGAAAGGUGUCAUUACCGUAAGCUUUGAAGAUUUUCUCACAGUUGCUCUAAGUUGUUCAUCUUAA